UCAACAGAAAAGCUGUCGGUAUAUAACAGUAUCUGAACAGUACCAUCAGAUACAUAAGGGUCAGAUUUACCUGAUUUAUCAACAUAAGUCUGUGGUAAGGCUGCAUCGGUCUUUGGCUCUACACAGCAAAGGUAAAACCGCCUGCGUGUCAAUACGGACUUUAGGGUGAAACUUUUCCUCGGGCGUCCUCCUGUUUGCUUGUUGCCCAGAAAAGCUGAAAAGACUCGCGCAGCCGAGCCAGGAGACGCUAAAUUGUCGUGGAAAUUAUACAACACUCGCAGACUCGUCCUCUGAAGCUGACAUUCUCAUUGCGACGAUGGCUGACUCUAAUAGUUUUGAACAGAUUGAAACUGAUGACGGACUGCCAGACUGGUCUGCGAUGAGCACACGAUUGAACUCGUUCCGGGCUUUUCCCCAUCCUGAGCAAGUUCCUGCAGAGAGGUUGGCGCGAGCGGGUUUCUACUUCACAGGUGAAUCUGAUCGAGUGUGCUGCUUCAGCUGCCUGCACACCAUUGAGGACUGGCACCAAGGAGACAACCCAGUAGAAAGACACCAUGACGUCUCACCUGCCUGCAUGUUCCUCAGGUGCGUUCAUCACAGGAGCCUUGCUAGUGGAACUUCCCCUCAGUCUCCUGGCCCCAUCUAUGACGAGGAGGCAGAAGCCAUGGAGUUUAGAUUAAGAACACGAGAAGUAGUGGAUGAGUCGGUGUAUCCCAGGAUUCCGCAUAUGAAGAGCGAAGAUGCACGGCUGAGGACGUUCAGCAACUGGCCCUCUUGGUCUCCAGUACAGCCUCAUGACCUAGUGCAAGCUGGGAUGUUUUACGUGCCAGAGAGUAACAGGCAAGAAGACAGGGUGCAGUGUUUCUGCUGCGCAGGCAUGCUGGUCAACUGGGAGGAAGGUGAUGAUCCCUGGCAGGAACAUGCCAGAGUUUACCCAAACUGCUUUUUCAUUUUGGGUCAUGAUGUGGGGAACAUCCCCUCUACGCAACCAAGACAGAGAAGCAGUGCUCAUAACAGUUCAAUGGAGUCCUUUGAGGAGCGCCUUGAAAGCUUCAGGGACAGAGUGCAUCCCAUCAACCCUGAAAGGCUGGCUAGAGCUGGGUUUUCUAGCAUAGGUGACCGAGACUGUGUGGUUUGCUUCAAAUGUGGAGGACGUCUGAAGAACUGGCAGCCAGAUGAGGACCCGUGGGAGGAGCAUGCCAAGCACUAUCCAGGAUGCAGUUUCCUGCUCGCAGAAAAAGGGCAAGAGUUUAUCAACAGCGUUCAGCUAAGAACUCCAGGACGCAGCUCUUCAAAUGGAUUUUCCAGUCGUGAGAGAGCAUCAAAUGUACUGCAGUCAGAGAGCCGUGAGGACUAUUCAACUAUGGAAGAUGUCGUUGUAGACAUAACCAGUGGUGUGUUUGAUAGCGAUUCUGAUAUGUGUCAGGAUACUCUGAACGAAGACCCCUUGAAGAAGCUGGAGAAGCUGCAGCGUGAAAAGCUCUGCAAAGUGUGCAUGGACAGUGACAUUGCGAUCGUCUUCAUCCCCUGCGGACACUUGGUGACCUGCAAGAAGUGCUCCGAGCCUCUUCGCAAGUGCCCCAUCUGUUGUGCAGACAUCACACAGAAAAUCAAGACGUUCAGCUCGUAACCUCCAGCGCACUCACGCUCAGACAGAACUGCUGCGUUUCCCACUCAUUUAAUUAUGAGCAAUCCUUAAAAAGAUACAUGUAUAUGGAUCCUUAAAUAUACACACACAAUACAUGGAUGCUUUAGACAAAAAUAAUUUUAUUGUUUUAUACUAUAGGGUAUAUAAUGAGAAAUAUUUGUAUAUUUGGAUUAUGUUAGAGCAAAUAUGUUAUACAUAUGAAAAACGUUUUUUGGAAGGACCAGGUAAAGCUGAGGCUGCUGUCUGGGUACAGAUCAAAUGUAAUCUUAGGAUAAAUAUAUUGUAAGUAGAUAAUUUAAUCUUGUGUGUGGGGGUGUGUGUGUGUGUGUGUGUGUGUGUGUGUGUGUAUAUAUAUACACACACACAUAUAUACUUUGUUGGGGCUAUUUUAUUUUGCCUAGAGGUCUAUGUGCAUAAUUUAGCAGCACAUUAAUCGUGCUAUUCUGAAGAAAGAAACUGCAUUACAAUAUGACGCACUGUACUGACAUGGACAAACUAUGUGCCAUUGCUGAGACUCAAACCAAACCCUCUGCCUGCAUGGACAUGUACAUGACUGUUUGAUGGUAAAAGCUCAGUCAAGUACAUUUUUAGAUCAAAGUUUAAUCUGCACCCAGACAACCAAUACUCAUGCUUCAUUAACAGUGCCUUUCUUUAAUUAACAUAAUUUUAUAUAUAAAUUGAAUUCAAAUAAAUUGUUUACAGUAGAAUUUAUGUCCUUAUUCUUUCUGACUAGGAAAUAAUGCAUUUCUUGAUUUGGCUUUGGAUAACUUGAUUAUAGUUAUAGCAAUUGAUAGUAAGUUUUAUCUUGAUUAUAGUAAGUUUUAUCACCAUGUUAUUAGAAGAUGCAAUGAUAACAACGCUGAACAAUAAAAUGGUAUAUCUACAGUGACUACUACUUUUUUUUCUUUGCAAUUCCUCAUUAACAUUAAAUAAGCAAUAAAGCUGAAUGAGAAUGUGUGGCGCACCAAGCAGUAAAGUGGCUAAGAGUAGGAGGAGAGUUCACAAAAGCAAGUUUGUUCAUUUGUGCAAUAUGUGGAGGAUAUAAAUCCUUUUAUGUGUAACAGAAGACACAAAAUACAGAAACACACGGGCUUACACAACUGAUCAAAAUAGAAUAAAAC